AUAAAUUUUGUGAGAGAUAAAGAAAGAAUAAUGAGAAUGAAGACAUUGCUAUCAGCUUCAGCUGAGCGACACCUUAACUCACAACUCAACAAACCAACCACCACAACUUCCCCCCGUAAAAGGAUGCAAUCCUCGCCGGCGCCGCCGUCUCUCGCCCCCUCCCCCGCCGCCGUUGCCCUCAAAGACUCCAAAACCACUCUUUCCAUCAUCUUCGCCACCGCCCUCUUCUCUCUCAUCUUCUUCCUCUCCAUCUCCUCUUCCGCCCACCUCUCCUCCUUCUCCUCCCCCGCCCUCCCCCGCCGCCCCAAACCCGACCCCUUCCUCUUCCCCACCCGCCAGGCCCACCGGACCGUCUUCCAUAGCAGCAAUGUUUCUUCCGACCCUACUCCCCCUUCUAUCGCUUAUCUCAUUUCCGGAUCCAAUGGGGAUUCCGAUCGGAUUCUUCGCCUUCUUCUCGCCGUUUAUCAUCCUAGGAAUCAUUACCUCCUUCACCUCGAUCUCUCUGCUCCUCAAUCCGAGCGUGAUUCUCUUGCCCUUGCCGUCGAAUUGGUUCCCAUUUUCAAAGCUGCUCAGAAUGUAGAUGUAAUCGGUAGGGCUGAUUUUGUAUAUCUCAAAGGCUCCUCCGCAAUUUCUUCGACGCUUCACGGUGCCUCUCUGCUCCUCCACUUGUCCCCGAAUUGGGAUUGGUUUAUUCGUCUCACCGCCGAUGAUUACCCACUUGUCACGCAAGACGAUCUUCUUCACAUUCUGUCAUUUCUGCCUAAGGAUAUGAACUUCGCAACGCAUUCGAGUUACAUUGGGUGGAGAGAGGCCAGGAAAUUGAAGCCAAUAAUUGUUGAUCCUGGGCUUUAUCUUUCUGAGAAAACUGCCAUGUUCUAUGCCACCCAAAAGAGGGAAUUGCCUAAUGCCUUUCAAUUGUUUACAGGUUCAUCUCUUUCUAUUCUGAGCCGAAACGUUGUUGAGUUCUGCAUCCUUGGAACGGAUAAUCUUCCAAGAACUCUAUUGAUGUACUUCUCAAAUACUCAAUCUGGCCACUUGAACUAUUUUCCAACCGUCCUUUGCAAUUCUCAUCAGUUCAACAAGACAGUCCUUAAUGAUAAUUUACUUUUUGCCAUAUAUGACAAGCCACCUAAAGAACAGCCCCACGUCCUUGGCUCCUCUGAUUUCGAUCUUAUGAUUGAGAGUGGAGCAGCCUUUGCCACAAGAUUUAAGUUGAAUGAUCCAGUCCUCAACCGGAUCGAUAAUGAAAUCUUGAAUCGUGGUCCCGGACAUACUGUGCCUGGUGGGUGGUGCUUGGGGGAGGCUGGAAAUGAUACAUGUUUGGUAUGGGGAGAUGCAGAUGUAAUUAGGCCAGGGUCAGGAGCAAGACGACUCGAAAAACGAAUUGUUGGAUUGCUUUCAAAUGGUACCUUUAGAUCGAACAGGUGUGUAGUUGUUGAAUGAUUCUUAACAAUUGAACAUCCCCAAAAGAAAACAGAUGGGGUAAAGAAUAGUGCAAAUCCAGGCAAUGGACUUUGCCCAUCUUGAUUGAUUCUUUAUCCUCCGGAGAGUUUUUAGGUUAUUUAGUUGUUAAUAUUAACCAGGCGUGGAAUAUAUGUAUAUUUGAGUUUAAUCACACGUAAGAUAUUGGAACUUUUGACCUCUAGGUCGAGUGGAACUUUUGACCUAGAGGGUAUAUCAUGUACGUCUAAUUGGAUCAAGAGUAUAUCAUAAAUGUCUAAUCAAGUCA